AUAUUAAAAAUAAACUACUUAAUCAAUUUUGCACUUACAGAGGCAAACAGCCGAAAGACGUGGCCUCCGGCUUCGAAUUUGGCUAAUCGACGGACGGAGAGACGCCGGAAUCCCAGAACCGACAGGUCGGUAAACUCAGAGACUCCCCGGACCUGAGGGUUCCUAAUCCUAAAGGCGGUGGCGUUAUAUUACAUCCAUGGAGGCGUCGCCGGCGUCUUCUGAGGGUUCCUCGCGAGAGGUUCAAUGUGUUGGAAAACUGGAAAUAGUGAGACCAAAACCCGCCGGUGGUUUUCUCUGCGGCUCUAUCCCCGUUCCCACUGAUAAAGAUUUUCACGCCUUCCAUUCUGCUCUGGUUCCUUCGCGCCAAACGGUGUCAGCUCCACGGUAUCGAGUGCUUCCGACUGAGACAGAUCUCAAUUUGCCUCCACUUCCUUCUAAUUCCCACGAGAAGAUUCUCCCAAUUGGGGCACUCCAGUCGAAGGUCGCUGGAGAUUUAACUUGGGAUGGGGGUGCUGUUACUUCAAAUCUUACCAGAAAAUCUGAGGCUCUUGCUGUAUCUGGUUUGGUUGAUUAUGGAGAUGAAAUAGAUGUGAUUGCUCCAGCUGACAUUCUUAAGCAGAUCUUUAAAAUGCCUUAUUCAAAGGCCCGAUUAUCCAUUGCUGUUUAUCGCAUUGGACAAGCUCUUGUUCUGAAUACUGGGCCUGAUGUGGAGGAGGGAGAAAAGCUUGUUAGGAGGCAUAAAAAUCAAGCAAAGUGUGCAGAACAAUCUUUAUUUUUGAAUUUUGCAAUGCAUUCGGUUAGAAUGGAGGCUUGUGAUUGUCCUCCAACUCAUCAUGCCACAACAGAGGAGCAAUCUAAGUCUUCCGUUCUCCCUGGAGGAAGUACGUCUCAGGUCCUGGAGCAGACUGAUGGUGUUUCACAAAAAGACUUUAAUUCUUGUGCCCAAUAUAAAGAAGUUAAGCAAGACGCCUUCUUCUGGGGAUGUAAGAAGGGCAAGAGAAAUAAGAAGCGUGAUCCUGUCAAAAAGGUUUCAGAAGUUGGUGGCAAACCGAGGUGCUCAGUGAAAGAGUCUGAAAAGCAUAGAAGAGUUGGUGAUGAAGAAUUUCUGCGUGUUCUUUUUUGGCAAUUUUACAAUUUCCGUAUGCUUCUUGGCAGUGACCUGCUUCUGUUCAGUAAUGAAAAGUAUGUUGCUGUGAGUUUGCAUUUGUGGGAUAUUACCAGACAGGUCACUCCACUAACUUGGCUUGAAGCUUGGCUUGAUAAUGUCAUGGCAAGUGUGCCUGAAUUGGCCAUUUGUUAUCAUGAAAAUGGUGUUGUUCAGGGUUACGAGCUUCUGAAAACAGAUGAUAUCUUCCUAUUAAAAGGGGUCUCCGAUGAUGGUACUCCUGCUUUUCAUCCAUACGUGGUACAACAAAAUGGCCUUUCUGUCUUGAGAUUUCUCCAAGAAAACUGCAAGCAAGAUCCUGGGGCUUAUUGGCUUUAUAAAGGUGCGGGUGAAGAUGGGAUUCAGCUUUUUGAUCUUUCUCUAAUUCCUAAGAACCAUUCUUCAAGUGAUUUUGAUGAUAGCUCGAAUUCCUUACCCUCAUUGCUGUAUAGAGGGAGAUGCGACUCCUUAUUUUCGUUUGGCACACUCCUCUACCGUAUAGCUCACCGACUUUCACUUUCUAUGAAUCCAUCUAAUAAGGCCAAAUGUGCGAGGUUCUUUAAGAAGUGUUUAGAUUUUCUCGAUGAGCCUGAUCACCUGGUGGUACGUGCAUUUGCUCAUGAACAGUUUGCAAGGCUCAUUUUAAACUAUGACGAAGAGUUGGAUUUAACAUUGGAUUCUCUUCCACUAGGAUGUGAAGUUGAAGUUAUGGAUGCUGAAGAAGAAGAGUCCUUGGACUUUUUAAGCAGUAUAUCAGAAACGGGCAAGUAUGAAGAUUCCUCCUCUCUUGUUGGAGGAGACAAACUUGGGGACGUUGAUCCUUGUCAUCAAAAUUUGUCGUCGGAAGCUUCUUCAUUAAUAACAUCAGAGGCCCAUGUACCUUCUCCAAGGAAGCUGAUACCCUUGAGAGAUCCACAAGGGAUAGAACCAUUGGUGGCUGCAGAAAAUUCCGAAGACGAGGAAAGCUUUGCAGUUUGUAAAGUAUCUCCUACUGCCCCACAGGUAGUUCAAACUGUUGCUGAUCCAAUAUCUUCCAAGUUAGCUGCAAUACAUCAUGUUUCUCAAGCUAUCAAGUCUCUUAGAUGGAUGCGCCAGCUACAAAGCUCGGAACCAAAGAUAGUGGACCAUAUUGGUGCAGUGCACGAUAGUCUACCUUCUGCUGUUAAUAUCUCUGUCUGUGCAUGUGGUGAUGCUGACUGUAUUGAAGUCUGUGACCUUCGCGAAUGGCUUCCAAAAUCAAAAUUGGACCAUAAAUUAUGGAAAUUGGUUCUUUUGCUUGGGGAGUCAUAUUUGGCUCUUGCCCAAGCAUAUAAGGAGGACGGCCAGCUGCAUCAGGCUUUAAAAGUUGUAGAAUUGGCAUGUCUUGUUUAUGGAUCAAUGCCCCAGGAACUUGAAGAGACCAGAUUCAUUUCCUCAAUGGUGGGUACCCCGCUUUUGCAGAAUAAAUUGAAUGAUAAAGACAAAAAGUUCAGAUCAUUCAAUCAAGAUCUGAAAGAAGUAGAUUUGCAUUGUGAUGAAUUUUCUUUAGAUCAUUAUUCUUCCACUUAUCUCUUUUGGGCCAAGACAUGGACAUUAGUUGGAGAUGUAUAUGUGGAGUUCCACUCGAUAUAUGGUAGAGAAACCUCUGAAAAAGCAGAAAAGAACUUUUCCACAAGAGAAUUGAAGAUGUCGUCUGAAGUAGUGAAAGAAGUUAAUAGGCUCAAGAAGAAACUAGGGCAAUUUAAGAACUGCAGUGCUUGCUCCUUGGUAAAUUGCAGCUGCCAGAGUGAUAGGGCAAACAGUGGAAGCAGUGCUAGUAGUAGUAGGGGAGACUCAAUAGUCUACAGCAGAAAGCAUGGGAAAAAGACGCAUUUUAAGUCUUGUACUGCCUACUCAGUUUCAGGAGACCGAGAACAUGAUUAUAAUUGUCCAAAGAUUAAGAAUGGAAUGGGCUCUAACCCUAGACAUCUAGACUCAAAAAGAGAUGCCCGAAUCCAAGUAGAGACUUGCAAAACAGUUAAUUGUGGGGCAAAAUUCUGUGUGGAUAAUUCUGAAGAAGUGGAUGAUAAUGUAGAGACUUGCGGUAAUGUUCUUAGUGAGACCUCUCAAUCUCAUUUGAAUUCCAAGGAGUCUCAGAAAGUUAAAGCUGGUGGGAUUUUCAAGUAUCUUGGAGGUUCUGUCUCUGGAGGAUCAGAAUGCAAUUUAACUGCAGCCCUAAGCUGCUAUAAGGAAGCUAAAAAGGCGUUAGGUCAACUCCCAGCUGGGUCCGUGGAACUGCAAUCUGUUAUGAGGAAAAAGGGUUGGGUUUGCAACGAACUAGGUCGAUGGAGACUUGAAAGGAAGGAGCUGAAAAAAGCUGAAACAGCAUUUGCAGAUGCCAUAGAUGCAUUUAGAGCUGUUUCUGAUCAUACAAACAUCAUAUUGAUCAACUGUAAUUUGGGUCAUGGGAGGCGAGCAUUAGCUGAGGAGAUAGUGUCGAAGAUUGAAGAUCUAAAAGCACAUGCAAUUGUACAGAAUGCAUAUUACCAAGCAUUGGAGACUGCAGAACUUGAAUAUACCGAAUCACUAAGAUAUUAUGGGGCCGCGAACAAAGAACUGAAUACAGUUGCUGAAGAUUCUGCUACUGUGCCUGGCAACCUGAGGAUUGAGGUUUACACACAGCUUGCUCACACGUAUCUGAGGCUUGGUAUGCUUUUAGCAAGGCUAGAUAUAAACGAGGUACAUGAUACUGAAACAUUGGAAGAUAUUGGGUCAGUUUAUGGGAAUUCUAAUAACAGAGGAUCCAAGAAAGGAUUGAAAAAGCAUAAGAUUUCAGCAAAUGAUGCCAUUAGGGAGGCAUUAUCUACAUAUGAAUCUUUGGGUGACAUACGUAAACAGGAAGCUGCAUAUGCUUAUUUUCAGUUAGCUUGUUACCAAAAAAAUUGUUCUUUGAAGUAUUUAGAGUCCGAUGGCGGGAAAAAGAGCUUGUCUAAAGAUGAUAACAGCAUUCCCCAACGGGUAAAACAGUAUGCUUCCUUGGCUGAGAGGAACUGGCAAAAAGCCGUGGAGUUUUAUGGACCUAAAACACAUCCCUCUAUGUACCUAACCAUUCUGGUUGAACGAUCAGCUCUUUCAUUAAGCUUGUCGAGCUCUUUACACUCAACCGCAAUGCUAGAAUUGGCAUUCUCUCGCAUGCUCGGAGGACGACACAUAUCCGAUGCUGAUGCAGAUUCUCUGAAAACCGAGCAUCCCGAUAUUCAUUCCAAAUUUUGGAACCAUCUGCAAAUGCUAUUGAAGAAAAUGGUGGCAAUGACACUUCCAACAAGUGCAAGCAAAUCUUGUGCAUCUCAACCCCAGACGACACCCAACAGAUGUGGUGAAGCUUCAAGGCUCAGGGAGCUCUACAAAAUGUCUUUGAAGUCCAGUGACUUGAGAGAACUGCACAAGAUGCAUACCAUUUGGACUUCAAAAUUGGAAUGUUGAUUAAACAAUUGUAGUUAUGCAUGUCUACUUGCUUUAAGCAUUCUCUAUAGAAUAGAAAAUAGAUAAGUUAGUAUCCUAUCCUUAAGUUUAGCUGAAGUCGUAUUGUGAAUUUUGUUAUUGCUAUAGAAUCAGCACUUGUCCGCGGACUGGUGUUCUCUUGGA